UGCUCCGCAGCUCUUUCUGGUUGCAAGCAGCCAUCUUGCCUGGAGCUUGAGACAGGGAGGAGAGAAGGAACCGGUGACACCGGGCUCAGGGCCGCCCCGGGGGCCUCAAGAACCAGGGGCAGCCCCGGAGGUGGUCCUGGGUCCUGGGCUAUGCUCUAGGACUAGAAAAGGGAAGGCAGAGGGCUUGAUGGGCGGGGAAUGUCAAACAAGACCGGCUGGGUGGGGGAGGGGCGUUGCUAAGGCAACUGGGGAGGGCGGGGUCAUGUCUGAAUUGCUGCUGUGAGUCACCGGAGUGCUGCCCAGGAAAGGCAGGGCUGGAGUGAUGACCAUGCUAGCGACCCAGUGGGAUUUCGCGACAUCACCUGUGUGGAGGGACUUCGUGUCUAUGGCAACUGUCACCUGGUGGAAGGGGCGGAACUAGAUUUCCUCUGUCUGGGACGCCGGCAUUCCAAGCCCUUGUCCUGCAGCCUCCCGCAGGCAGACGCGCCAUAGAAGGAAGCCAGGGAAUGGCCGCGGUGUGGCAGCAAGUCUUAGCAGUGGACGCGAGACUGAUAAUAUAGAUGGCCAAGACUGACCCCCAACAGAGCUGCAGAUUGACAAUAUUGUCUCCAGACUGACCUUUUCAUCAUACCUGUUAUUAAUGCAGAAUUACCCCCGUCACAGUACCAGGAAGAAUCCCCCUUUACCACUGUUGAUCACUCUCACCAUCCCAAUCACUGCCAAACACCUCAUGGCACAACCCUAUGCCUCGAGCUGAUUUAUUCCCUCUGUCCUGUGCCUGCUGCCUGCCCUGCCUCCUGGACCCCACAGGUACAACGCCUACCGCACACCAACGUUCCCACAGUUUCGGACCCAGUAUAUCCGCCGGCGCAGCCAGCUGCUGCGGGAGAAUGCCAAGGCUGGCCACCCCCCAGCCUUGCGUCGGCAGUACCUGAGGCUACGGGGCCAGCUAUUGGGUCAGCGCUACGGGCCACUCUCUGAGCCAGGCAGUGCUCGUGCCUAUAGCAACAGCAUUGUCCGCAGCAGCCGCACCACCCUUGACCGAAUGGAGGACUUUGAAGAUGAUCCUCGAACCCUGGGGGCCCGAGGGCACCGCCGUUCUGUCAGCCGAGGCUCCUACCAGCUCCAGGCACAAAUGAACCGAGCAGUCUAUGAGGACAGGCCUCCUGGCAGUGUGGUACCCACAUCGGUGGCAGAGGCAAGUCGUGCCAUGGCCGGGGACACAUCGCUGAGUGAAAACUAUGCCUUUGCAGGCAUGUACCAUGUUUUUGACCAGCACGUGGAUGAGGCAGUCCCAAGGGUACACUUCGCCAAUGACGACCGGCACCGCCUGGCCUGCUGCUCACUGGACGGCAGCAUCUCCCUGUGCCAGCUGGUGCCUGCCCCACCCACUGUGCUCCAUGUGCUACGUGGCCACACGCGUGGCGUCUCCGACUUCGCCUGGUCCCUCUCCAAUGACAUCCUCGUGUCCACCUCCCUCGAUGCCACCAUGCGCAUCUGGGCCUCCGAGGACGGCCGCUGCAUCCGUGAGAUCCCUGACCCUGAUGGCGCUGAACUGCUGUGCUGUACCUUCCAGCCCGUCAACAACAACCUCACUGUGAGGCUGCUGCUAGGGAGCAGGAGGAUGAGGCGGAAAGCUCAUGUAGUCUAUCAGUGGCAGCCCCACUGUGGUCAGACUCCAGGACAGACUGGUGAUCAGAGGGCAGAGGAAGACAUGGUGGGGAAUGCCAAGCACAAUGUGCAUGUCAUGAACAUCUCCACAGGCAAGAAAGUGAAGGGUGGCUCCAGCAAGCUGACAGGCCGCGUCCUCGCCCUGUCUUUUGACGCCCCUGGCCGCCUUCUCUGGGCAGGUGAUGACCGUGGCAGUAUCUUCUCCUUUCUCUUUGACAUGGCCACAGGGAAGCUGACCAAAGCCAAGCGACUGGUAGUGCAGGAGGGCAGCCCUGUAACCAGCAUCUCCGCCCGCUCCUGGGUCAGCCGAGAAGCACGGGACCCCUCCCUGCUCAUCAACGCCUGCCUCAACAAGCUGCUGCUCUACAGGGUGGUGGACAAUGAAGGGACCCUGCAGCUGAAGAGGAGCUUUCCCAUUGAGCAGAGCUCCCACCCUGUGCGCAGUAUCUUCUGCCCUCUCAUGUCCUUCCGCCAGGGGGCCUGUGUGGUGACAGGCAGUGAGGAUAUGUGUGUUCACUUCUUCGACGUGGAGCGGGCGGCCAAGGCUGCUGUGAACAAGCUGCAGGGCCACAGUGCACCUGUGCUCGACGUCAGCUUCAACUGCGACGAGAGUCUGCUGGCCUCCAGCGACGCCAGUGGCAUGGUCAUCGUCUGGAGACGAGAGCAAAAGUAGGGUUCCGCCAGCCCUGCACUGCCCGCCGCCGCCGUCGCCGCCGCAGUUCCCUCCUCUCCCUCCGGGCUUGUGUUGUAAAUAAAAUUUCCGUGGUUGUGUUGAGGGGCAACUCCCAGGUCUCCCACAAGGGGGCACUAGGGAGCACUGAGCCCUCCGGUGAAAGGGAGAUGGCUUCCUCGGUUGUGCAGUCUUGUGUUCAUCCAUGCAACAAGCACUGAGUAGCUGCUGUGAUGUGUCACGUAGUUGUGAGUCAGUAGACAGGAGUGAGCACCAACUGUGUUGUCAGGAACUGUUCUGAAAAGGAGGGAUCCUGCUGUGGCCUCAACCAAUGCAAACUCCUGCCCUUGUGGCCUUGCAUCCUAGGGGAUGCAAGCACGCGGUAUACAAAGUACAGCCAUUCCUUGGAGUAUAAUUUGCUUUAUAAUUUUUCAACUUUUUGACCGUACAGUGCUACAGAACCACACACAUACACCUGGUCUUGUUUUUCUACUUUCAGUAUGGUGUUCAGUAAAUUACAUGAGCUAGUCAACAUUUUGUUAUAAAAUAGACUUUGCAUUAGGUGAGUUUGCCUACCUGUAGAAUAAUGUCACUGUUCUGAGCCCAUUUGAGGUUGGUGGGGCUAAGCUAGGGUGUUUGGUAGGUUAGGUAUAUUAAUGCAUUUUUGACAUACACUAGUUCAAGUUCAGGCAGAUUGGUUGAGGUCUAACCCUAUUGAGUGGAGAAGCAAGCAUCUGUAUAUAAUAGGCUAGUUCAAGAUGGGCGGUGUGGAGAUGAAGAAAGGAAGAAAGGGGGUGAGGCCGCAGGGACGGGAGCGGGGAGCUUCUUUUGGCGAUGUCAUUUGAAGAUCUGAAUGAAAUGAGGGAGGCCAUCGUGGGGGGCGGGGGUAGAAGAACAUCCUCAACAGAAAGAAAGGCUAGCGCAGAGCCACCGAGACGGGAGUGUGCCAGAGUAUGACCCGGCUGAGUGUGACACAUGACAUUAGAUCUGGAGGGCUUUGUGGGCCAUGCUGAGGAGCUUGCCUUUUCCUGGGUGAGGGAGGUUGGGGUGCAGGAUCUGACAGCAAUAGAGAACUUAGGAGAGGAAUGGUGAGUUCAACCCCAAGGGUUUCAUCAGAUUAGAUUGCAAAAGUUCCCAACCUGACAGCUUCUGGCUAGGUGCACCCCACUCUUAUCUGUGCAUUGACUUAGGGCCCCCAACCAGGGAGCAGAAGUGGUGUGUUGAGGUCUUGGAGUUCUAGAUUGGCAUGCUCCUCCCAUGCCCGUCCAGGGCCCUAAUUUAAGCCCUUGACCAGCUCAGAGACCAAAUACUAAAUUAGUUCAUGAUUGGCUAUUGGCAAGGAAAUAAGUUCCAAAGUCAUUGUCAAUGGUUAGAAUCAUGAAGAAAUUUCAGUGUGAAGCAUCACCAGGGCCUCUUAAAGCUAAUUCUCCCAGAUCCAUGUGCUGCUACAUUUGCAUCAGUUGCAUCCUUGGCUAACGUCUUGGGACUUCAGAGUCACCAACCUGGUAGCACAGUAUUGCUGAGCUAUGGAACUAACAGCAGCUCUUUGAGGGAAGAAGAUAAUUCCCUGUUUAUUUAAUCUGUCAUUUAAUAGUGUGAUCACUUGUAGCCAAAGCAUUUCUGGCUCCAUCAGAUAGAUCUUAGGCAAAUGGUUAUGAGAUAAUGAUACCAGUGAGCUGGACUGGUCAUGUUGUCAAAAUUAUGUGUGUGUGCCAACAUUCCUAACCCAGCUUGGGGGUCAGUGAUUUCCUAUGAAGACAGACAAUACAGCUGAUGGAUACAGUGAAGGGUACCACACACCAAUUAAAUACUAAUCUUCCAAGAGGCCCUCCCAAGGAUAACAGUUCAGACCUGUGUGUUAACUCUCUGCUGCACCAAAUAGAUACGGUUUCAAUCAAGGUCUAGAGGGAGCAAGAUAAUUUGGGGAAAUACCAGUUUUCUCGAACUUCCUUUUCUUCACACUCUCCAUUUUCUUUAGUGAGUCUGGUUUCAGGAUGGUUGAUGAAUAUUGUUUGCAUGAUUCGGGGGGUUUCCUCCUUGUAAAAUUUUUGAGGUGGCAGAAUUGACGUUCUACUUUAAUUUCAUCUUGGUGACACUUUUGACUCACAACCUAAAGGAACCUAAACACUGAGUAAACAAGAAAGAAUAAAAAAUAAUGCUAUUGGUCAA